CAACCCAGAAUCAACAGGGAGCUCGAGACUAGAGCUUCUUCUGACGGGUCGGCGCCGCCUCUUCGGGGAGUCAGUCUUUUUCUCUACAGACCGAGAAAGAAGGUGGCUGGGAGGGUAGCUACCCCCAGUCAACCGCUUUUCUCGGCCAUCUGGUGAACGAUGACCGAAAAACGACGCGUAUCGUACUUUUACCAGGGCGACAUCGGGCACUACUACUAUGGGCCCGGUCACCCGAUGAAGCCUCACAGGCUGAAACUGGCCCACCACCUCCUCCUGUCCUACAACCUGUACCGCGAGAUGGACGUCUACAGACCCCACUUGGCGAGCAGCACGGAGCUGAUGCGGUUUCACCAAGCGGACUACGUCAACUUCCUCGAGAAGGUUAUGCCUGGUCCCGCGCGCGGUCAGGGGACUGGUCCUCAGCAGCAAACCAAGUUCAGCGUCGGCGAAUUCACCGACUGCCCGGUGUUUGAGGGUCUCUACCGGUUCUGCCAGUCAUACACUGGAGCGUCGAUCGACGGCGCGAUCAAGCUCAACCACGACAUGGCGGACAUCUGCAUCAACUGGUCGGGCGGGCUUCACCACGCGAAGAAGGCGGAGGCAUCGGGCUUCUGCUAUGUAAACGACAUCGUACUGGCCAUCCUCGAGCUUCUCAAGUACCACUCCCGCGUGCUGUACGUCGACAUCGACAUACACCAUGGAGACGGGGUGGAGGAAGCGUUCUACACGACGGAUCGCGUGAUGACCCUAUCGUUCCACAAGUAUGGCGACUUCUUCCCCGGCACGGGUGACAUCAAGGACGUCGGGGCGAAGGCCGGCAAGUACUACUCGGUGAACUUCCCUCUGCAAGAAGGCAUCGACGACAACAGCUUCGAGAGCAUCUUCAAACCCGUCGUCAACAAGGUGAUGGAGAUGUAUCAACCGUCGGCGGUGGUGCUUCAGUGCGGGGCGGACUCCCUCACGGGAGACCGGCUGGGCUGCUUCAACCUCACGCUAAAGGGACACGCGGAGGCUGUCAAGCACGUCAAGAGCUUCGGCGUGCCAAUGCUGGUGCUCGGGGGAGGGGGGUACACCAUCCGCAACGUGGCGAGGUGCUGGGCCUAUGAGACGGGGGUACUGCUGGGCAAGGAGAUCGACGAGGCGAUUCCGUACAACGACUACUUCGAGUACUACGCCCCGGACUUCAAGCUGCACCUCACUCCGUCUCCCCACAUGGAGAAUCUUAACACACCGCAGGAGCUGGACCGGCUGAAGACCACCGUGUUGCGGCAGCUCCAGACGCUGCAGGGGGCGCCGUCGAUGCAGAUGGUGGAGGUGCCGCCAGACGCAAUGACGAGGGAGAGAGACGGCAGCGAGAGCAACCCGGAUCAGCGGCCGGCCCGCGUCAAUGCGGACGGCGGGCACAAGAAGCGCCACGCCGCCGAAUUCUACGACGCGAAGGGUCCCGGGGUGAUGGGCGGCAGGGGAGCAGGAGGAGGGGGGGGGGGGGNGGGGGGGGGGGGGGGGGGGGGGGGGGGGGGGGGGGGGGGGGGGGAGGGUCGGGCUCGUGGGCCCCUCAAUCGAUAAUGUCGGUCCCUCCUUCCUCGUCUCAGUCGAGGGAAGGGGGAGCGGGGGGUAGCGGUGGCGGUGCUGGCGGCAGCGCUGUGCUGGGUUCAGCAUCACAGAAGAACUAGGGUCGUCGGUGCGUAUAUAGUGGCACGAAACUGUCGUCCAGAGGGGCCGGCAGAGGAGGGAUAGGAAGAGAGGGAAUGUUUUUUUGUGGGAUUUACGUUUUGAACGUCAACAGAAGGAUGUUGUCCGCACAGAAUGUAGAGAGCGAAAAAAGGAACGCCUUGGAAGAGCAGCGCAUAAAAUCGGGGCAAGGGUGGGUGCGUCCUUUCAGGUGGAAGUGGGAUGCAAGGGGGAUGGGACAAGUGAGAGUUCUGGUCGAAAGGGUGCGGUGUGUUCUUUCAUGUGGAAGUGAGAUGGAAGUGGGAUGGGACAAGCGAGAGUUCUGGUCGAGAGAGUGUCGUCAGAGCGUGCGUGCUGUGCCCUCCCCCUGUGUGUACCCAGCCGGUCUCACGAGGGCUGCUUUUCCCUAACGUGUCAAAUGUGGGGCGGCGCACACCCUCUGUUUGGCGGGCGCGAUGUCCGAAAAGGGAGAACGACGGCGGGUGGAUGAUGGCUGGUAGUAGAUCGCGAAGCCUUUCCCGAGGUUCCGUGGUUAUUUUCUGGUAGUAGGCCCUCCUUCGUGGAAUGGAGUGAUUGGUAUGAAGGCGUCACUUCUUUGUGUUAAGAUGGUUUUCCAUGAGGUGAUUGUUCCAUGGGAAGGGUGUACUCCAUGAAACCGUCACCGCAAAAUGUUUGCUUUUGAGCAGGACCCGCGCUGGCGGAAUCUCUGCCGCUCCGUGGAUAGGGGGAAAGCGGUGUUACUCGGCUGGCGGAGUGAUGGUCUUGUUGCGGUUCCUCGCAGUUUUUUCGUUUUGUCGUCUUGGAACGAGAUGGCGUCAUAUCUAUCCAUUUGCUCGUGUCACGGCCGCGAGAAAAGCGAGUUUUUUAUCUCGUCGUUGCUCCGCCCCCCCCCCCCUCCCCCCCGUGUUGGUUUUUGCGUUGGUCGUCCCCAGAGGAGGAGUGGUUAUGGCGUCACCGCAUGUUCCAGCCUGUCGCCGCACGGAGCUCUCGAGCUGUUGAUGUUGUCGUUGCCCGUGGCAGAAGGACAGGGAUGCGGAGAGGUAGUAGACGGGCAGGCAGACGUGGGCAUGCUGGCUGUGAUUAUGUAUGUGAUAAUUCCCCAAGUGAGAAUUUGGGAGAUUCGGUAGAGUAGGAGGGGGUGGGAAGCGUGCCCCUCCAUCGAAAAUGGAGGAAAAUGGUCGUUUGAUUUGGUCGAAGUGAUGCACCAGUUGGUCAUCGAGAGUUGGCUGCUGCGUUGUUCCCUUGCCAUGGACUCCGAAGGUGGUUUCAAUAGCUCGCGUUCCGUGAAAGGUUAUAAGAAGUUCCCAUCAAGCCCCUACUAACCGAUGUGUCCCAAUUCUGUUCUUGGGUCGCGAAAUUCCCUCUAUUGGUUGCAUCCGUCGUUUUUCUCUCCAGGAAUCUAUCG